UACGUUCCGGAAGCGGAAAUGGACGAGAGGUCAGGGUAGGUUUUUCAAGAUGGCGGCCCUCAAGGCUCUGGUGUCCGGCUGUGGGCGGUUUUUCCGUGGGCUCCUAGCGGGCCCGGCAGCGACCAGCUGGUCUCGGCUUCCAGCUCGCGGGUUCAGGGAAGUGGUGGAGAUCCAAGAAGGGAAGACAACUAUAAUUGAAGGCCGUAUCACAGCAACUCCCAAGGAGAGUCCAAAUCCUCCUAACCCCUCUGGCCAGUGCCCCAUCUGCCGUUGGAACCUGAAGCACAAGUAUAACUAUGACGAUGUUCUGCUGCUUAGCCAGUUCAUCCGGCCUCAUGGAGGCAUGCUGCCCCGAAAGAUCACAGGCCUAUGCCAGGAAGAACACCGCAAGAUCGAGGAGUGUGUGAAGAUGGCCCACCGAGCAGGUCUAUUACCAAAUCACAGGCCUCGGCUUCCUGAAGGAGUUGUUCCGAAGAGCAAACCGCAGCUCAACCGGUACCUGACGCGUUGGGCUCCUGGCUCCAUCAAGCCCAUCUACAAAAAAGGCCCCCGCUGGAACAGGGUGCGCAUGCCCGUGGGGUCACCCCUUCUGAGGGAUAAUGUCUGCUACUCAGGAACACCUUGGAAGCUGUAUCACUGACAGAGAGCAGUGCUUCCAGAGUUCCUCCUGCACCUGUGCUGGGGAGUAGGAGGCCCACUCACAAGCCCUCGGCCACAACUAUACUCCUGUCCCACCCCACCACAAUGGCCUGGUCCCUCCGACAUGGAUGGACAGGGGACAGUGGGACUAACUUCAGUACCCUUGGCCUGCGCAGUAGCAAUGCUGGGAGCUAGAGGCAGGCAGGGCAGUUGGGUCCCUUGCCAGCUGCUGUGGGGCUUAGGCCAUGCUCAGCGCUGGGGACAAGAGUUUUGCCCAAUGCAGUGUCAUCAACUGGGUUCGGGGCUUACCCACUGGGUGUGUGCUCACUGCUUGGGAAGUGCAGGGGUCCUGGGCACAUUUCCAGCUGGGUGCUGAGCACUGAGUCACUCAUCUCUUGUGAUGGGGCCAAUGAGUCAAUUGAAAGGAAUUCGUGGGCCAAACAGGUCCCAUCCUCUUGAUGACAGCUGUGAGCUCCUUACUGUGGGAGAGCUGCAAGGAGCCAAGGUGGGCUACCUGACACACUUGCUGCUCUCAUGUGAAUCCAAGAAACUGCGUUCCUCAAAGGGGCCCUGGUUGUCACCUUCUCCCACAGCCAUUUCCACCCAUCAUUGUCUAGUAUCUCUUUCAUUAGCAUAUUCCAACCCUCUGCCACUUGGUUUAGAGAUGAGUUCCCUGGCUCAGUGGGCCUUGCAGAAUCCAGAACCAGACGGAGGUGGAGAUAAGAAGAUAGGACAGAACAGGCAGGCCAAGUUCACUGAAGCUUAAGAAAAUCAUGUUUAGACACUGUUUAAAAAAAUCCAGGCUGGCUCCCAUUCUAUAGCAUGAAGGGCAAGUCCAUGUUCUUCUCACCAGUGCCCACGUAGAUGUAGCCAUAGGUCUUGGUGCGGGGAGCAUGGUAGAAGGUGAGGCCCGGCCAGAGCAGGCUGCGCAGCACCACCAGGGCAUUGCCCCUCUCCAUCUGGAUACUCCAGGACCCUGAGAUGAGACAGGCAGGAGGUGAGGCCUGGUGCUGCUGGAGCCAGAGCUCUGCCCUUCGUGCUGUGGCCCCUGGCUCCUUGGGCGGCCAGGCCCAGGUGCUAAGGUUCCACUGGGGAAAGACCAUUUAAUUCUCCAGAUGCUUUACUCCCUGAUUGCCUUUUAGCCAUUAUUCUUUUCGUUUUAAGAGACAUGGUCUCACUCUGUCGCCCAGGCUGGAAUGCAGUGGCGCAAUCACAACUCACUGCAGCCUUGACUCCUGGGCUCAAGCAAUCCUCCCCUUGGCCUCCAGAGUAGCUGGGACCAGGGGCAUGCACCACCAUACCCAGCUAACUUUUUUGAUUUUUUGUAGAGAUGGGGCCUCACUGUGUUGCCCAGGCUGGUCUCAAACUCCUGGGCUCAGGCGAUCCUCCCACUUUGGCCUCCCAAAGUGCUGGGAUUACAGAUGUGAGCCACCACGCCCAGCCCUUUUAGCCAUCUCACUGCUCAUUAAAGCCACUUUCAGAGGGAGGGCAAAGGAAAUGAAAAGAGGUGAAACUCAAA